AUGGCAUUCCUUUUCAUCAAGCAGAAGCUCUUCCCCACGAAGGAAUAUCAACAGCUUCCAAGCAAAUCUCUCCUAGCUCGCAGCAUCGAUGAUGAAGAGACCAUCCGUGGUGACUCUUCAGACCAGGACCUCGAGUCUCAAAGCGGCCGCUCUUAUGACACUUUCGGACGCACUGUCAGCUAUGACGCUUCCACAACUAGCAGUGGCAGCACACGCUCCCGUAUCAACCCUCGUAUAAUUUCCGAUGCUAUCUUAGGUCUAUCAGAUGGGUUGACAGUUCCCUUCGCUCUGAGUGCCGGAUUAUCAGCACUUGGAAACACAAAAGUCGUUGUUCUCGGUGGACUGGCCGAGCUGGCAGCUGGCGCCAUCUCAAUGGGUCUGGGCGGAUACGUUGGUGCCAGGAGUGAAGCUGAAUCUUAUGAAGCCACCGUGCGCGAGACACAGGAAUUAAUUGAGAGCGACCCUCAAGAAACACAAGCAAUGGUGCGCGAUUGUUUCGCUCCUUACGGUCUGUCUAUCAAAGCCAUCGAAGAUAUCACACGCGAUUUGCAUGCAUCACAAGAUCGAUUGUGCGAGUUUUUGCUCGCUUUCCACCACCGUGAAUCUGCGCCUGACUGCAACCAGGCCUGGAUCUCGGCUAUCACUUUGGCCAUUGGAUAUUUCGUUGGCGGGUUUAUCCCGCUUAUCCCUUAUUUCAUUGCGGCGCAGGUGAACAUCGCACUGUACUGGAGUAUCGGUGUUAUGGGUGUGACACUAGCGACAUUCGGAUAUACCAAGACAUGUGUGGUUCGUGGCUGGACUGGUCGCGACAAUAUCACUGCUGCCAUAUGGGGCGGUAUCCAAAUGAUCUUUGUUGGAGGUGUGGCUGCUGGCGCAGCAAUUGGACUGGUGCGAUUGAUAGACACUGGCGGUGCCCAAGCUCAGUGA